AUGUCCAUGUGCACCACUAAGGACUACUCUCUGACUGUGAGUCCCAACAGCUCUCAGUUUUUCCGAUGGAAGUCUGUCUCUCUGAGCUGUGAGGAUGACGACAGCUCUGCUGGAUGGACGCUGUGGAGGAACACAACCAGAGAAACCAGGACUCAGUGUGGAGCUGGCUGGGGAAGAUUCGCUAAUUCUUCCUGUAACAUCAGUCUGACAGUCCCAUGGGACAGUGGAGUUUACUGGUGUGAGUCCAGAGAGGGAGCAACCAGUAACACCAUCAACAUCACUGUCACUGGUGGACCAGUGAUCCUGCAGAGUCCUGUCCUCCCUGUGAUGGAGGGACAUGAUGUCACUCUGCACUGUAAAACAGAGACCCCUCCCUCCAACCUCCCAGCUGGUUUCUAUAAAGAUGGCUCCCUCAUCAGGACUGAGCCUACAGGUCACAUGACCAUCCACCAUGUUAACAAGUCUGAUGAAGGCCUCUACAAGUGUAACAUCAGAGGUCGUGGAGAGUCUCCAUCC